CUCCAAUCGACCCACUGUUCAGCCCACUGUUCGCCUCUCGAACAUGUUCGAUGCAACAACCGCAUGCCGAUGCAUAGGACGCGAUGGCAAACCAGUUUUCGUUGCGCCAGUCAUCGACGGGCAGCUCGCGUGGACAGUAAGCCUUCGCUUCGGUCGCUCGUUUGCUUUGCGCGACAAAUACAAUUUGAAAAUAAAAUUUUGGCCCAAAGCAAAAUUGGUUUUUUCAAUUUGCCAAAACCACAAGCGCCAAACUCCGACAAACCGCAAAGAAAUGCGACGCGACGCGCUGCCAACAAAUUGUAAUUAACCUAUAGAAUCAACUCGAAAAGUGCAACAUUCCCCCAUAAAUAAUAAGCAAGCGUUGCAGUUAAGUUACCGCUAAAUUCAACGAUCCAACUAUUAAAAAACUAAAAGAAAAAACAAAGGAAAAACCUUCAACAUAGUCUAAGCAACAGAACGGAAAAUGCUCAUGCACACCACAUCCAUUUCCACAACGUCGACGGCCACCAUGACCAACUCAUCGUCCUCGGCCACGCCCACACCCGGCUCGACCUCCUCCAACAACAGUGCCACGCUCGAGACGCUUCACCAACAACAACAACAGCAGCUGCAACAACAAUUGCAGCAAUUGCACACGAAUGGAGCCAACAAUUCGCGUCCCCCCUCGCGGGCACCCUCCAUUCUGGACAGUCCGACACUGGCGCGUGUGGAGCGGGCUCGUCUUCGACUGGAGCAGCAGGAGCGUGAACGCGAGAGGGAGCGAAGCAGUCAACGGGAGGGGGGUGGCAGUAGUGUGGGGGGCGGUGGCGGCGGCGGCGGUGGCAGCAGCACUGGCACCGGCAGCACAGCCACAACCAUGAAUCGUGAGGAUAGCCUGGAGCGCAGCAUUUUGGAUCCCAAGAAAGAAAUGGCGCCCUGGCAUCAGAUGUGGACGCAUAUGAAACGCCUCUCGCACGCCUCCAAAGUCAAUUCGACGAGCAGCCUGACCGCCCAGAAAACCGAUGUGGGCGUGGGCCAUCAUCCGAAUAUGACACCAAAUGCAACAAUAACAACAACAACAACAGCAUCAACAACAUCCUCCAUGCCCGGCAAAUGCAUUCUAUUCCCGGAUAAGACGUCCUCGCUGAAAAGCUCUAUGUAUACGCAACAGGUGUACUUCAGGCCCGAUAUGGUGAGUUCGAACAAACAAACCAAUUGGCUAAAUUUCGAUCAAGAACAAUCCUUGCUGGCAGGACGCAUUCCGGUGGCCUCCAUGACAGGACCCAUUAAACGAGGACUGCUCUGGCAGCAAAGGGAUCGACUCUUCUCGCGCUGGAAGGAACGAUACUUUUUGCUCACUCGUGACUACUUGCACUGCUUCAAGAGAGCCUCGGGAUCGGCCAAUGAACGUGCCUCCGAUAUGGGACAGUUUAUCUUCAAGGUCAAGCUGGUGGACGUGGAGAAGGUGGAGUGGCUGAAUCGGCGCUCCUACAGCGCCAUUGGCCUGCUACUGGGACGCGAGGGUCGCGUUCUCCUACGCUGCGAUGAUGGCCUCGAGGACUGGUUCGAGCUGCUGGAGGAAUGCACAAUGACCUCCAAGGAGCGCAGACGAGCCCUGAAGAUCGCCCAAGGACCUAGAUCGAGAGCCUCCUUGGCUGCCCCUGUUUCCCAUGCCUCGCUGCAGUUCCAGCACUUUGGUCUAGGAGGGACUUACUCGAGUGCUCUGGAUGAUUGGCUGAUGACUAAUGGAACAGGAGGCCUGGCCCGUCAUAAAAUCGGAGCUGGCAGUCUAAAUGGCUAUGCCGGAGCCAAUCCCUUCCUCUUCUCCGACUCUGUGCCGGAUCUGAGUGCCCUGAACAAUGAGAAUCACAAUCACCACUUGAGUGGCAUCAGCACGAACCACUCGACGCCGCAGAAGAUCCCACACCACAGCAACGCCAAUCUCAGUCGGUAUUCCAAUGGUUAUGUCUCAGCCCAGAACAGUUUCACUCAGGCUGGGGCACUCUAUGGAUCACCGAGGAGGAUCUUCAUCAACAGUAGCUUUGGUUCUAACCAGGUGGUGGAUGAGGAAACCGAAGAGACGGAGGUUCAGCUGAGAAGACCUAGACUUUUCCGGGGGGUGAGCGCUACUCCGGAUAAUGGCAACGAACUGGACAGGGAUUGGCUGUAUCGGAAGCCAAGGGCGCCCACUGAUAUGAGGCACUCAGUUCAACCCAUGUUACCCACUGGCGGAGGCAGCAAUGUUGGCCUGGCCAAAACCGAACUGGACUGCUCGGCCCAUGAUAGUGGCCUGGACACGCCCCCCUCAACACACCGCCCUUCGAGUUAUCGAGAGGCCAGCAGGGAUAGCACCGAGACGAAUGGUAGUUCCUCGAGGGGAACUCUCCUAAACAACUCAUCGCCAGGUGGCAGUUUUCGGGCCAAGAAACUGAGCAGCCAGGUCAGUAAUCUCAAUCAGAUCAACUCCCUACAUGGAUCGAGAUACUCAGUGCAGGAUCAGCGCAUCCUCAAGAUGCGCAACAACGAAGAGGAUCGUUGCGCUUCGAUCAAAAUGGCCAAUCGCCUGAAUCAGAACCAAGACCAGCAGGCCACCUAUGAUCCCAAUCAGAAUCGUUACUAUAAGAAUGGUAAUGCCACACCCCCCACUUCACUGACGCCCCAGCAUACGCCCCAGCACAAGCUGAUGAUGAUGCACCAUGGCAAUGGUAAUGGUAAUAUGGGUACCCUGAAUGGUAAUACCAAUGGAUCGGACAGGAUGAAUGGAUCGGCUAUCUUUCGGGAGCGGUACCAACAUCCCGCCUUGGCGGCCAUCAUCAACGAGGCUCAGGGUCUGAAAUUCCGAGAACGCGCCUAUUCGGACAGCCAGCAGCGUCGCCUCAACAACAACAAUGGACCGACCCCCCAGCCAGCCUCGCCCUUGGCCCAGCGCCGUAAUAAUGUUGGUCUUGGAUCUGGAGUCGGAUCAGGAGCUAUAUAUGGCACGCCCACGCGCGUAUAGCGCCACCUAAAGGUCUAAUAGAAAAGAUAAUCCAAAUCGAUGGAGGAUUGAUUACUCCUUUUAGGUUAUAUUAAUGGAUAUUAAGCGUAAAUUAGUCAACUUGAUGGAAAGUUUGGAAAUUAUUUGCAUAGAAAAUACUUCAACGAAGGUAGAAAAUAAUAAUUAAUUCAUAAUAAAUAUGUAGUAGUACUCUUAGUGUGUGUGCUCCAAUGUCCAGCUUUAUGUAAAUGUUUAAAUAAAAUAUACAAUAGAAAAAAA